AUGGGCAAUUCGCAUCUUGGCAACAUUGAUCGAGAUACCACCGUGCAAAACGUUCACAAGGAGGAUAAUACGCGUGGAGCAGUAACUGUACGCUUUGCAGAUGGUGUGAGUCAUGAAAUCGUCUGCCCGUCUAUAUUUCCUCGUGGCAACAACGGCCAAACCGAUCGAUGGCGGAUUCUGCGUCUUCCACUGCCGACCUUAGUUACCAAACGGCAAGUCCCCAGAACGUUCGUCGGAGGUCAUUCAACAACACAGAGAGUUAAAAAUUGUUGUGCAAGUGCUCUCAACAAUCUGGCUGGAUUAGAAGAAAUUAUAAGAGCAUCUGAUCUCAGUAACUGCAGCAAGGAAGGAGAAUGCUUCGUUCACGUUGCAUCUGGCAUGGGGCAACUGGAUGUUCUGAAAUUCCUUCACUUCAAAGGAGCAGAUCUAUUCCGACUGGAUGAGAAUGGUGAAAGUGGUGUCCAUUGGGCAGCCAGGCAAGGCCACAAGAACGUCAUCGAAUUCUUGCAUCAGCGUGGAUUAUCCAUAAGCACUCCGAACAAGGCUGGAGACACACCACUGCAUCUGGCAGCAAAGCAAGGUCACGCAAAGACAGUUGAAUAUCUGUGCCAACAUUGCACCGAUGUCAAUCAGAUCAAUGAGGAUGGAGAAACAGCUUUGCAUUUAGCUGCGAUGAGAGGCCACCUGGAUGUCGUUCGAAGCAUCAUUGAAGCAGGCGGCGCUAAUCCAGACAUGACAGAUAAGCAUGGAUGUACUGCUCUGCAUUGGGCUCUAAGAAGACAUCAUUCUGCCAUUGCCAGCAUGUUAUUGCAAUAUGGCUGUAACAUAGAUACUGUAGAUAAUGUAGGCGAAGCUCCUAUCCAUAUCGUUUCCAGGGAAGGGUUACUUUCUAUGGCGCAGACAUUGUGUGCUUUUGGAUGCAAAGUGGAAAUUCCAAAUAAGCUGGGUCAAUACCCUCUGCAUUUAGCUGCCCGAAGUGGACAUAUGGAACUAGUACGGUGCUUAUGCUUAGCUGGCUGUGAUGUGGAAUUAAGAAACAAGGAUGGCAUCACCGCCGAAAUAAGUGCUUUAGCUCAAGGCUAUAAUGAAAUGGCAAAUUUAUUGAAUAAGCUAAGGAAUGUUCACCUACGGGAGGAGUACAUCUCCCAGCUGAUCCCUUCCACAAAGCCCAUCUCGAAAAUCAAGCUGAAGCUGUUCGGGCACAGCGGGGUCGGAAAGAGCACCUUUAUCGAAAGUCUCAAGUGCGGAUACUUCGUGUCAUGGUUCAGGCGCUCAGUGGGCUCCAUGUCGCCCAAGAAUACCAGGAACAAAAAAAGUGAUUCUAUGAGCCAGUCAGUUAUUGAACUGAACAGUUCUGAAACGAACAAUCUUCAGUUUGAAACUAACUACGAAACUUACACCCAUGGAAUAGAUGUCCAACAGCUUAAUAUAUCAGGCAUUGGUGAAAUAAGUUUGUGGGAGUUCUCGGGACAUGAACCUUAUUACAUGAUCUACGACAACUUCAUCGGAAAUACGAAUUGCUUGCAUCUCGUUUUCUUCAGUCUUAGCGACCCUUACGACACGCAGGUGCAGCAAGUUCAAUUCUGGUUGUCGUUUUUGCAAUCGAGGAUUCCGGUUCAUGAACCUCUAGGCUUUGGCGGCAAGAGUGGGAAAGCUGCACGGGUCGCUUUAGUUGCUACCCACGCUGACAGUGCCUCUUGUCACAGAGUGACUGCAACCGGGGAAUAUGUCAGCAGCGAAGCCACCUCCGUUUUGAGAACUAUGCUGCUUAGGUUUGGAAAAAUUUUCGAUCUGCACGAAACAGUCUUUGUCCUGGACGCACACGUCGUUGGUUCGCCCGCAUUGAAAGCACUCAAGAACUACGUGGCUCAUCAUAAGGACAAAGUAACUCAGGGUCUUCCAAAAAGUACGGGUUUCCUAGAAAGUGUGUGUUCUCACCUCACCGUCACCUGGCGAAAAGCCCGCUGCUGUUUCCCUAUCAUGUCUUGGAAAGAGUUUAUCGACCUCGUCCACUCCGAUGUCAACCCACUUGCAGGAGAGGAACAUAUGAAGGAGCUCAUCCAGCAGAUGCAGAUCAUGGGAGAGGUUGUAUACCUCGCAUGCGAAAAUGAGGAUGUAGUCAUCCUCGAUCCCACCUGGCUGUGCGUGACUAUUUUGGGAUUCCUUUUGUCUCAGGAGAAUCUGGAACAGGCCCGUGUCACGGGAAUAUAUUCGGGAGAUGACAUCCAGUUGUUGUAUCCCGAAGCAGAUGCACAAAAACUUUUAAAAAUUAUGGAAGCUCUUCAGAUUUGCACAGAAUGCGAAACCGAAGGAGAAAUCGAAUAUGAAUUCCCUAGAUUUAAUUUGGUGGAAGCAGUAGAAGGUUUAUGGAAUACAUCUCAGUACACUGCUUACGGUGGAGUGAGGCUGUGCUGUCAAAACAAGUAUUUCAUGGUGACACUCUUCCCAAGGCUGCAAGUCAAUCUGCGGAAAUCAAUAAAAGAAAAUGGCGAUCCUGAAUGCGAUUUAUAUCAAUGGUAUCAUGGAAGCAAAUAUAGUAGUGGUCUCUUAGAAGGCCUGGUAACCCUGACCGAAGACGAAGCAGCCUAUGAAAUCAAAGUGAGAGGACCAGCAGCCAUGAAACCUGAGUGCUUUUUCUUCUUGGAAGAUUUGAUAAGCAUCGCAGAACAAAUGUUCUCUGACGUCUGUCCUGGUACUGUAUUGGAGAAACACUAUCUUAGCUGCUCGCAGCUAAAAUCGCAUUCGAAAAAUGUGUACACCUAUCCACCAGCAACCAUCCUCAACGCUCUGGUGCAAGAUGGCGUUUAUGGCACAGUUGAAAAUAAAUUUACUGGUGCUGACGAGACGCUUCUUAAUAUUGUUUUCUUCGGUGCUUCAGAGGUGCUAAUGUUUAGCCAUCGUAAUAAUUUACCAGAAAUUCCUUCCUUGAGUUUCCAGAACACAGCCUUGAACAAGCCCAGGAUGCCUCACAGUCAGACAUCCCCAUCGCUUGCGCUGCACAAUCAGCAAUCAAAUUCGAAUCAAAAACUAUCACAACGAAGAAAAUCUCUGCCGCCAACGAUUACAAGCUCAACCAAUAGCAAGACUCAAAGCAGCUCACCAUGCCAAAUAUUGCAAGAUUUCUACAGCAAGCUCAGCCAACGAAGGGAUAGCUCUCCAGCCAUACUCCACGAUCAAAAUCCUGUGGUUGUCCUUGUAUCUGACCUUCAUGCCUCGCAGUUGCCUUUGCUCAGUUGUCAGUGCCUUUGUGCCAUUCUAGACAUACCGGAUUCAAUGGGCAGGGAUUGGUGCAUGCUAGGAGUUCUUCUGGGAAUGACAGACAAACUGCCUAAGCUUGACCCUGGAGACAAUCCAGCUUUCAGUCCAACCGCAUGUAUCCUGAGUGAGUGGAUGAAGCGCCCGGACACAACGUUGGGUCAGUUAUUGAGACGGUUGUUGGAACUGGAGCGCACAGAUGCUAUUGAAACGCUCAUGCCUACCUUGCCGAUGUUUAGAGUCACACCAGUGUGCUUCAAGCACAAUUUUAUGGACUGCAAUGUGAGUACAGAUUACGAUUAAUAGAUUUCGAUGUCCACAUACAUAUAUAUAGCAUGCAGCUAUGUUAGAUGUUAUUUUAUAAUAAU